UGUGUGAGUGCGUGUGUGGAGCCUCUCUGGGAGCGGGCGCUGAGACAGAAAGUGCCGCGGGGCUGCGUUGGGAAGGCGGGAGUCGCCCUGGAGCGAUGAGUGGGGCGGCUGGCCCAGGGGUCUUGCCGGGGCUGCGCAGGGGCGAGCUAGCGGCGAAGACGCCGGGCCGCUGCGUGGGGCCCAGCAGGUCCGGGCGCGGAGUCCGGCGGCCGUGGGAGAAGAGACGGGGUGCAGGGACGUCCCGAGGCCGUGGAGGGAGGCGCCGGGCGAGGUCCUCGGUGCGGGAGACGCGCUGUGUGAGUGCGGAAAGGCUGCAGGACUGUCGGCGGCCAUGGGGGAGGAGACCUGCAGCGGGGACAGCCCAGGCCGCCGGGGCGAACAAGCCUGCGGGGACACCUGGCACGGCAGUCUCGAUGGAGGUAGCAAGGGACCUUGGGACUGUGUGGGUGAACGGGGCAGUGGGGGAACCCCAGGUGGUGGGGCCUGUCGGCUCUGUGUGGGUGACUGGCACUGGGGAGGAGGAGGAGACGGCUUAUAGGAGCCCCCGAGGCUGUGAGAGAAAAGGUCGUCCGGGAUCUACGGGGCAUGAGAGCAUUCUGGAACUGUGGUUGAAGGUGCAAGCUAUGAGGGCAGCUUCAGGAUGUGGGGAAGGAAGCAGAGUCGAGCUCCAUCCCGUGUCUGCAGGAGAAGGGCCGGUUGAAAGGGGGGUUCCUGGCCGGGCUUCGUGGGUAGAGACCAGCUGUGGUGGUCUCACCGGACCAUGGGUGAAAGGACAGGACAGGCCAGUCCCCCGGGCCGCAGGAGUAGCCAUAGCUCCGGACCUAGGGGCAGGCUGUGAGAGGGCCUCAGAUUUGUGUGGACAAGGCCAGGCUGUGAGGAUGCCACCUGUGGCUGUGCCUGGGACUCUGGAGGCAAGUUCUGGGAUUGCCCCACACCCGCGGGGGAGAAGACAAGCCGUGGCGGUGCCUGGGCCCGUGGAGGGGAUAGGCUAUGGGGUUGCCCCGGGCUCUUGGGGAAAAGGGUCGACUGGGGGGGUUCCCGGGGCCACUGUGGGGUGGCCUGAGGCUGUGGAGGUACCCAGAGCUGUGGAGGGAGAGCCAGGCGGCAGGGCUGCUCCAGGUCUGCGGGGGAGGGAGCAGGCAGCGCAGGCGCCUGUGUGUGGGGAUACCCCAGGCUUAGGGGGAAGGGGGCGGACCGCAGGGGUGCCCAGAGCUGCGCGGGAGGAAACUCCCUCUGUGGGUGCCCCAGCCGCGUGGCGGAGGAGACAAGCCGUGGAGGAGACAGACGCCGGGCGUCUCCCUGGCCUGUGGGGCACGGGACAGCCCAUAGGGGUGCCUUGUGCGACUGGAGCAGGAACGAGAUGUCGGGGUGAGCCAGGAUUCGGGGAGAGGGGGCAGACUGUGUGGGUGGAGACAGGCUCUGGGGGCGACUUCGGGUCCCGGGAAGCUGCACAGCCUGCAGAGGUGUCUGGUCCUGAUGAGCAGGAGGCAGGUCCUGGGGGCGCUCCAGGCCUGUGGGACAUAGGACAGGCUAUGGGAGUACCUAGGGCUCUGGGGCCAGAGACAGGCUGUGGGAGUGUCUGGGGUCUGUGGGGAACGGAACAGCCUGUGAGGGUGUCCCAGGCUCCGAUGGUAGCGGGAGCUGUGGGAGAAUGGACCAUCGGCGGUGGUGUCCCAGGCCUGUGGGCUAGGCAGCAGGCUCUGGGAGCGCCCCCGGCUGAUGCAGUGACGGGGGCUGUUGGGGAGGAGACCUGCGGUGGGAAUGUCUUGAGUUUGUGGGAGAGGAGGCGGGCUCUGGGGGGGCAAGAGGCUCCGGUGCCUGCAGCUUUAGGGGGACCCGGGUCUGUGGAUCAGGAGGCUGGCUGUGGGGAUGCCUCAUGUUUCUGCAUGAGAAGACAGGCCGCGGGGCUGUCUGAGGCAGUGGGGUCGCCAGAGGCAGCAGGUGUGUCCAAGCACAGGAGUGCCCCAGCAGGGGCGCCCACAGCUGUGUGUACGUCUGGGUCUGGAAGCGUACCUGCCAGGGUGCCUGCCGCUGUGUGGGUGUCUGGCUCCGUGUGUCAGGAAGGCGGCUCCAGGGAUGACUUGAACCUGUGGGGAGAGGUUCGUACUACCAGGAUACCCUUGGCUUCAGGGGUACCUAUGGCUCCCCAGGAGCUGUGGUCUGUGGGAGAGGAUACUGGUUGUGAGGCUUCCCCAGGAUCAUGGGGAAGGAGACAGAGUGCUAGGGUUCCUGUGGCUGCUGAGGUGCCCAUGGCUUCUCGGGUACCUGGUCCCCUGGGGGUGGAGACUGGCCCUGGGGGUUUCUCACGCUUGCCAGGGAGGGGACAGACUGCAGGAGUACUUCUGACCGCAGGGGUGUCCACAGCUGCUGGGGCCCCUGGACCGCUGGUGGGUGAUGCCAGCUCUGGAGGUGGCUCAGGGGUGUGGAGAAGGAGACAGGCGACUGAGGUGCCCACUGCUGCCAGGGCUUCAGGACCUGGGAACGGGGAGACUGACUCUGAAGGCGUUGCAGGCCUAUGGAGAAGGAGAGCCGAUGGAGCUGUCCCUGGGGCUGUGAGGGUACCUCUGUCUUUGGGGGUGCUUGCAGCUGUAGGAGUUCCCACGGCGGGGCACCGGCCUGCCGCAGUGUGGGUGACUGGGUCUGCAGGAGAAGAUCCCAGUAUGGCUGUCUCCAGCUUCACGGCGGGGAGGAGGCCGUCCACAGAGGGCCCCGGGGCUCCAGGGUGGGAGACAGGAGGCAGAAGUGUCCUGGGGCUGCCAGGGGGGGUGUCUUACACCUGUGGGCGUGGGACCAGGUUAUGGAGCUGCCCAAGGUCUGCAGGGGAAGAGCCGGACUCUGAGAACGUGCCAGGGGUGUCCAGGACAGGCACGGCUUGGGAGGUGAAUGAAGCCGAGGAAGUGCCCCCGGUUUCAAGGGAGGAGACAGGCAUUGGCCACUUGAGAGAUCAUGCACAGCAGGGUGGGAGGAGACAGGCUGCAGGAGGGUCUAGAAUCAGAGGGAAGGGGAACAAUUUGGGAGAAAAUUGUGAGGGGGAGGACAGAUUGAGGGGUGCAUUCCAGUAGUAUAUAUAGGGAACAAGUUGGGGGACCCUGGGGCUCUUUGGGAGGGAACAGGUUGGGGGGAGAUUUGUCCUGGGUUAUGGAUGAAGGCACAGGCUGUAAGGGUGUCUCAGGAUGGGGGAGAGAGAUACUUCCUGGAGAUGCCUCACCGUAUAUGGGAUAGCACAUUGGGAGGUUUUCUGGCACAAUGGGAAAGGGACAGGUUGCAAGGAGAGGGGUGUCCCAGGACUUUGUAUAGGGGAACGGUUCGGGGUGGGUGUCCCUGGACUUUGUGUGUGUAUGUGCUUGUGUGUGUGUGUAGCAUCACUCGAGGUAUCCUGGAAUUGUGGGGAUCACCUAGUUUCUUCCUGUUGGAGAAUGGACUGUUAGGCCUUUGGCAUCCAGGGGGAAAGUACUGACCACGUACAAGCCACAGAUGCCCAGGCCCCAAUUCUGCAGGCUCCUUCAUUCUGCGGCUCCGGCCCCUGGACUGUGGUGAUGUCAAGCCAGUUGGGAUUGCCUCACUCGGGUGCUUCCUCCCAUCUCCGCUUUUGAUCAUGUCUCUACAGCCUUAGAAAUAAGGAAUCUUUAUAUUUCUACAGAUGUGUCAGUCUUUAAGCAAAUCCAGUCUACAAUCCUUGAGUUUAUUCAAAAGCUUAAAUUAGGGAUCUUUAAAAAAACCUGAAUUUCCCAGUUGAGUUCCUAUGGGAUUCUUUGAGAGGGCAAGCUCCCCCAUGCAGUUAACACUAGUCAGUUUAUGGAAAAUCUGCUUAAUUCGACAAAUGUUGAGUUAAAUUGUCCACUAUGCUCAAAGCACUGUUGUGGGGAAUCUCAGAGAAGAGCAAGACAAGGCCCUAACCCUCCAGGAACCUUGUCUAGCUGGGAAGAUGAGACAGAUACCUGUGAAAUAGGCAAUGAUUUUAGGAGAGAACUGUUGGCUGAUGACUGAGCUUUCACUAUUGUACUACACUUUCUGACAUGAUGGGAUCAGGCAGACCAGCCUCAACCUGUGUUCAUCUAGCAUCUAGUGUCCAACUGGAUGGGAGGAGUGACCCCAGGAAACUUCAGACCCAGAACCAGCUGCAGUUUAAUAGGAAUGUUCCUACACAUUCAAGCAACUUGGCAAUCCAAUAUUCUUGCCCACAUGGAAUUAGAAUUGAAAAACUGAAGCACUCAUACAAUGAGUCAUACCAUUGUAGAGAUUCAGGUUUUAGAAACGGUCCUGACGCAGGCAGUUCUGUUUCAUUUUCUGUCAUAUCAGAAGAGAGACUUAGCUACGCCGUCCAUCUAGCCAAAAGAGAUGUAAAACGAAGACAACUUGAAGAACAUAUAAAAGAACACCAUCUCAGAAGUCAGCCCCAAAUCCUUCAGAAAUGUGGACAGUCUAACCAUAAAAUAUCUGACCAUAGAGUGGAAAGGAAGGAAUCAAAGAGUCAGGAAGUCUGUCACAGCAGCAACCAGCCAUCCAAAGUAGAAAUUUCCAGCUCAGGUGCCAAGGUAUACCUGUACACAUCUCAUCCGGGACAGUCAAACCUCACCAUGCCAAAGUCGCCACCCACUCGUGAUCCAGGACUUCAGCCACAUGCCAGGAUAGGUGACCACAAAAGCCUAUGUGGACACAAAAGCCUGCUGGAAGUUCAGCGACUCCAGAAAGAAUUGAGCAGUUGUAUCCAUAAAAUUGAAGAAUUAACUAAAAAAGAUCGCAUGGAAGAAGCUUUGGAUCCAGAUGAAGAGCAGAGAAUCCGUGUCAGGAGGAAGGAGCAGGCCGUCCGUUCUGCCCGAAUGCUCUACGUCCUCCAGCAGCAGGUUAAAGAAAUCCAGGAAGAAUUGGAUAAAUUGAGUCCACAUAAAAUUAAACAUACUAAGAAGUCAUGGGCAGUGUCCAGGCUGGCAGCUGCCCAUCGAGGAGCCAUUCGGGCCUUACAGAUGUUUGUUACUCAGUUUACUGACCGGGUGGAGCACGCAGUUCCUAUUUGGUGCAAGGAAUUGGGCCGUCUCAUCCGCCAGCUUUCACUCUGUUCUGCCAAGCUGGAGGCCAAUCCUUCUGUCCCUGAUGUGGUGAUAGACAUCCUGCAACAAACUGAGGCUUUGGAAUCCCUCCUGGAAAAGACACUGUCACCAAAAAAGGCAAAGAAAUGUUUCAGUGAAAUUCAGAGCAGAUUUCCUAUUGGUAGCCAAAGGGCCUUAGAGAGAUGGCGAAGUACAUCACCAAAGAGUGAGAGGAGGCCCUUCGUAGCAAAGGAGAUAUUUCCACAGGAAACAAGAGGACCUUCAGUGGCAAAGAAGCUUCUUGCUGAUAAGUAUCAACCUGAUAAGGAGCUUCCAAUGACCCAGAGGUUGGAAAACGAGCUUGAUGUAUUAGAUGCGGAUAUCCUUCCGGAAGAAGCUCCAUCUGUUGUAGACCAAAAUGCGAACUUCAAAGAAGAGGCAUUAGCCCUGGCAAAAACAAGAGCAGGGAAAAAGAAGCUUGUGACUGAGAAUGUGCCACCCUUUAGCAAGAAAGAUACUCUGGCACCGGCAAGACUACAGCAAGGACUCCACAAAGCUGAAAAAAGUAGACCACCCCAAUCUUACAGCAAAAGCAGGUUGCAACGGACAACAGUCUCCUCCAGGUUAAAAAUGAACCAGCAGCCUGUGAAGGACCAUAAGGCUCCUUGGAUACCCCCAAACCCCACAUCCCCACUGGCAUCUCCUAAAUGCGCUGCCUGGCUAAAGGUGAAAUCUAGCCCCAAAGAUGCCACAAAAGAACAGUCUCUCCAGAAAGAAGAUACUCAAGAGGAAAGUCAGUUGAGAGGUGCUGUUGAGCACGAAGCAGUGAGACUCACUUGGCUUGAUGCUGAAACUUCCAAAAGAUUAAAGGAAUUAGAAGAAUUAAAAGCCGAAGAAAUGGACAAAAUGCAAAAACAGAGGCUCAAUUGGUUUGAUGCUGAAACUUCCAGAAGAACAAAGGAAUUGAAUGAACUCAAAACUGAAGAAAUGGAUAGACUUCAAAAACUGAGUGUUUCUGCCACCCAAUUAGCGGAUAAGGUAGAGAAGGCAGUUCUGGAGCGUUUGAAGCCUCUCCUGGUCAAGGCCCAGAGAGUCAAUUCUUCUGUGGAAGCAGAUACUCGUUUGAAGGAUCGACUGUCAGUGAUCGCAGCAACAGCCCAGCCUGCGGAGAAGGCUACGGCUACUGAUUGUGAAUCCAGCAGCAUUCAUCAGCUGGAUGAUUUUUUGGAAGAUGCCGCUCACGAGCUCUGGGCUGUGACUCACUCUAAGAUCUCGGAGCCUGAGGCCUUAGCCACCUGGGGGGACAGCAAGGAUAGCCCAUGUCUGGAGGCCAUGAUGCUCCGCAUGGAGGAAAUGGAGAAAUACCAGGAGAUGGUUCGCCAAAGAUAUAAUAAAAUUGUAUUUACUGAUCCUCAUCUUUGGAUGCAGGAAGAAAAAAAUGACCAAAAAAUCCCAGCAGUAAGUGAAAGGCGUCUUUCUCCUCAUCCAAUCAGGAUCACAAAGACAGCAGCUCGCAAAGACCCAGAUGUGAACAUCGUGUUAGAAAGGCCCUGCAAUGGCACUUCCCUAGAUGAAAGUGUGGGAACAGAGGAGAGACCAGAGAAAAGAGAGAAUGCCCUUCUCUCCCUUUCAGAAGAUGCUCAGCAGAAGGAAGGCCGAGCUGCUCUCUGUGUCCCGCGGGGCAUGCGGCGCAGCAUUGGUGACUACUGCCGCCGCUUCGAGCAGUACCUCCGGGUUACUGCACACGAGGCUGUGGGCUCCUUCAACCCGUGGCUGAUAGCUGAAAGCUUUGCAGAAGAGCUUGUAGAUGAAGCUCUGGGGGCCGUGGCUGCUGAGCUUCAGGAUGUGUGUGAAGAUUAUGCAGAAGCCGUGUUCACCUCAGAAUUCUUGGAGGCGGCUACAUGAAGGCUCUCCAAGGCAGGGCCCCCAGUGUCACUGGUGAGGGGACGGCACCACCCUUUCUACUAGCCACAGGAAAUCUUUUUCCUCAGCUGUCCAUCCAGGCCCAGAAGGUGCUUCCCACUGAAAGGAAGGAAGUGCCAGUGAGGCCAUCCUCACUUUGCAUCUUCUCAUUGUCAGAGCAAUGGUUCUGGUAGUUUAUGAUGGACUGUGUUAUAUUUAUCAGUGCCCAGGAAACGUGAAUCAAUUAUGACAGUAUAAUAUUUUCUGAAUGUAUAAUUUUCCCAUUAAAAUACCAUGUUCAUUACACUGGCUCAGUUUGGUGGCCAGAGCGUUUUGAAAGAUAACAGAUAAGCCUUCACACAGGGAUUCAAGUUGCUGUUGAUCUGUGGGUGGCCUUGAUGCCAGCACAAGUGCAAUUACUCUCUGGUCCCAUCACCUGGCUCGUGUUUGCUUCUUUGACAGUUUCCUACCAGGACACCUGUCCUGCCGGGUUACAGACUUGUGUCGAGCACAGGACUUAGUUAUGCUGCCAAAACUCUGCUCCAUCAUUAAAAUAGGAACCCAGCAGUUAUCUGUGUACAACAAUAAACACACAUUUCUCUAAUUCUCAGUUGCUAGGUGCUUCUUCACAUUUUGAGUUCCUCAAGUCUUUUGUCGCUGUGGGUUGACAUAUUCUGAUAUACAGAACUCUGAAUUCAGAGGAAGUUUGAGGACAUCAGGAGAGGCCGGCCUUCUCUGGGGCCUGGUCAGAGGUACAGAGCUCACCCCCCUCUCUGCUGAGGUCACAAGUUGCUAUGUUUCCACACCAAAAAGGAGCCUGUGUGGGAGGAGAAAAGAGAUCUGGGUAGUGUGAAGACCACAGGGUCUCCCCCAAGAAAGGAAGAAACUUUAAGAACCACAAUAGCUUGGUCCUCGAACGUCUUAUAAGUCAUAUUUUACCAAGAGAAAAGCCUCUGUGUUUUCAGAAACUCUGGAUUCAGAAAAAGAAAAGGAAUGUGUAUAAAAUAAGGCCACUGCCUCGAAAAAGUUUCCCUCACUUUUUUGCCUGGGGCUUGGUGAAAGAAAUGUGGAGAACGAGUGACGUGAGACAUACCCCGCAGAAUAAUGUGAAUCCUUUUAUAGCACAUAUAGUGUUGUCACCUGGGAUUUUUCUCUGAAGUACAAGAUAAUUUAAGCUGCUUGAUCACACUUAUUUGUGCAAAAUUGAUUUUUGUUUAAUGUUAAUGUUUUCCUGCUUAAUUUUGUAUAAACUCAGAAUUUAAAAGGCUUCAAGGGAAAUUAAAGGUCCUCUAUUUGAGGAGUUAUAUAUGUACACUUGAUAGGAGUGUCUGUUAUUGAUAAUUUGUGUGGCAGUUUUUACUGUGCUCAUUUUUAAAAUAAACUCAAUAUUUUAAAGUAUGUACAUGUCGGUUUGAAAAAAUUUACAUCUCCUUUUUUUU